AUGGGGCCGGUCCUUCGGUGGAGUGAUGUGAAAGAGUCGCGGCUUAGUUGUCUAUGGGUAAAGAGGGCAUUUACCCUUGCUGAGCCUAGAUUGGACUGGGGCGCUGUGGUGAGAGGGCACGGGCUGGUUCGGUUGGAUAUGCUCAACAUCUUGGGUAACGUCAUGCUAGGAGCCCUGGGCCUGAGACUUCUCCCAGUUACGCUUCAAGGUCAACUUAGAGAGCAGUGGAUUGUCUUCAGCAGUGGAGAAGAUGAGGACCUUCGACAAGAGGCUAGCCUGCAGAAGAUAAAGUGGGAGAAGCAAUCGUUAAGCUUCGGACAUCGGUGUGGUGCCGGCCAAAGGCUCUCCAAUGCUUAA